AAAAUAAAUAAUGAUGACACAUCAUCCUUUUUCCGAGAUCAUUUCUACCCUCCUCAGCGUGGUUAGAACUCGGUAUUGAUCCAAUCUACUGAGCAUGUCCAGUAGUUGCAUGCAUAUACCACCUUACCAACCCCCCGGGCGUUCAUAAUAGGUAUUCGAUUGCAGUGGAUGUAUAUUUUCGCGUUGUUUCUAUACUAUUUAUUUCUAAUGUGCAUGCAUUCUUUAUUGCUAAAUGACUCAUUACAUUUAAAAAUCAAAUGAUUGCAUUUAAUCAAAAAAACAUUCUAAAUAAAAUAUAAAUAACAACAUUUUAAUACGAUAUUUCGGUUGAUAAUAUUAAACAAAGUGUGCUACAUUAUUUUAUAAACGCGCACAUUGUAAAAUCACACGUUAAAAUAAGAUAAAUGAAUCAUACGUGAUAGUUUAUUGAAAAGCUUAAAAUAUAACUUAUCGAGCAAUAAAUCAAUUGUUGUUGACAGCUUUGACACUGAUUUUUCCGUAUAUUAUUGUGUUAAAAUUCCCUAUAAAUAGCAUUGCAGACUGCAGUAGUAAAUACUAAAUACAUAUUAAGGUGAUAUUGUUAAACCAUGUUGCAUAAUAUUAUGUACAUAUCAGAUUUGCAUUAGACAAGACACUUCAAGAAAAUAUUUCAAAAUAUCUCUGCAAAAUAAUGGCUAAUCAAUACCAAAAAAAGCAGAUACCAGCAACCAAAGGAUUAGCAUCAUCUUUUGGAUUCAAAAAGACCACACAAACCAAUAAGAUCAGACCAAUAUCAGCUCCUAUUCAAUUGGUUGAAAAGCCAAACAAUUUUGAAUCUAAAAUGCUACCCAAACCAAUGUCAACACCUACGGGAAAGUGUUCAAGAAGUAUACCUAAAAGUAAUACACCUUCUCCCAACAGGUUUGGAUUUUGUAAACCAGCAACAAAACUUGUUCAACCCACAACACAAGUAACAACAAAAAAAAUAGAAGUGGAAAGAAGAAGUCAAUCUGAACCACAAAAAAGGGAAAUUCCUAAACUUUAUUCAAGUGGAACAAAAAUUGCUGUGUCCAGAGUUACCUCUAGUCAUUUACCUAGGCCUCAAAUUCCAAUCAGAUAUCAAGUAUCCAAAAGUCCCGAUAAAAAUGCCAAAACAGCUGCCAACAUGAGACUAAAGAAUGAAGCAAUCAAACAAAUGCAACAAGGAGUGACCAUCCGAAAGUUAACUGACUCUGUUGAAUUUACUGAAGUAAUUGCUUUUAAUAGACCAUCAAGGCUAACAAUAAAUUCAAAUGCUAAAGGUUCUUUAAUUAGAGAACGGGCUAAUAAAUAUUUAAGACAAGUGUCAAGUUCAUCUUCGAAACAUUUGACAUCGUCUGAUGACGAUUCAGAUUUAAGCAGUUAUGAAGAGAAACACGACAAAGAGGAGUUUGUAAAAGAAAAGACUGAACAAUUUGAUAGAAAAGAUACUACAUGUAGUGAUGAAGAAUAUGGACCUGGCGAAGCAUUAGCAGUAGAAGAGUUCACAGAAAUGAAAGAUAAAAUAAAUGUCAUUGAUAAUAAAUUUGCCAAUGUUGAUAUGUCUGUAUCAUUACGUGAUGUAUUACUGAAUAUCGAAGACACAACUUUUGCCACAUUAGCUGCUAUGUCUUCUACAAUAAGAAUUGAAGAUGAAACAUCACCAGAUGAUGAAUGUUUAAGUCCCACUGAAUCUGAGUCAGCUGAAUUUCCACAUAGUAAAACAGAAUCUACAAAUAAUGAUAAACGUGACAGUAUGUCACCAAUUUUGCGGUGCAAUAUCUCUAAAUCCGGUUCUUUUUCAUCAGACACUAGAGAUUUUUUUGAUGAUGAGAUAGCUGAUCAACCAGCACUUAUGUUUAGUGGGCCUCCAUCAGAGUCUUGCAAUACAGAAGAUAUUGAUGAUGCUAUAUUUCGACUUGGAAACCAUUCCAGUUGUAACAAAAAAUCUAAAUCCUUGAGAAGAUCACUAAGUGCUGAUGGGUCCUUAAGUGAGAGUCUCAACUCUGACGAUCUGAUGCUUGAUGUUGACUAUGAUCAAACAGAUGAUAAAUUGGUCGAUCCUGAUAAUGAAGACCUAUUGAAAACACUGGAGAGUACCAAACAAAACGCAUUUAAUGAAUGGAAAUCUUUGACAUCUCCGAGAAACAGUAGUAGUUCACUCAAAGACGAAGUUCCAGUCAAAGAUGAAACGGAUUCUAAAGGCAGCAAUGGGGAUGUGCUAAUGAGCUUCGAUCGGUUUCGAGAGGUAACGGACGACAUAGCGAGUAUCAAGAACAUGCUAUUCGAACUAAACCGUGCCCUAAUAGAGGACAAGCAAGAUAUAACCUACCCAGAAGACCAGGAAGUUCAUUGCUGUUACGAGAAUCAAAUCUUGGAUUUGAAACAACAGAUAGCUUAUAUGGCCCAACAAAUGGAACAGAAGGACCGUACUAUUCAAAUGCUCAACGAACAGAUAGCCCAACGACCACGGCCAUCAAUAACAACAAUAGAAACCCGAAAUGCUGCCACUCAAACAGACAGAUGUCGGUCGACCACAGCUCCAACAUUAUGCACAUUCGAUAGAGAAGGACAAGCAAAUGGUCGCCCUGUAAUAAGGUGCAGUGACAUGACGGAGAGAUCAAAGUCUGUGUCGGGCAAUCGCAUACGUAUCGGCAUGCUAAAGCACAAAUUUCUCAUGGACGCAGGACGUACGUUGCCGAACGUUUGAUUCCUUACAUACGUUCUCUUCGACCAGUAUUAACAAAAACAUUCCAUGUUUAAUGUUCCAUUAAUAGUUAAAUUUAAAACAAAAAUUUAAAUUACCAUUUAUUUUUUACAAUUAAUAAGUUUGUCCACGUGUAAUAUACAAGUUUUGUUUCCAAAUGUACAAUUUAUGUUCUUUAUAUAUAUAUAUAUAAUUUAUUUAUUUUUUAUGUAACUUAAAUGAGGGGGUUUUUUUUGCUUAAAAUAAGUAAUCUUUUUUCCACUUUACCAAAAUCAAACUAGUCAAUCUUUGUUUUGUUUAUAUGAAUUAUAUAUUUUGUUUGUGUUACAUUCAAUAACAUUUUUCUAGAAUAAAAUUAUUAUGAUUUAAACAUAAGGGACCUACCUAUUCCUUUAAAUAAUAAUUAUUUUAUAUUUAAAAUGUUUUCAUUAAAUACAUUAAACUUCCAACAAUAGUUAUGUUAUUAAAACAAAAAUAAAUAAAUAUUUAGUUUAUUAUACCUACCUAUGUAUUAUAAAUAUAGGAGUCAAUGUUUAUUAUACUCUUUUAAUUACUGUACUUAGUGAUUAUAAGAUAAAAAUACUUUAUUUAUUAACCUUAUUUCAAAGCUGUUAUUAUUUCCUUUGAAAUAUUAUGCCAGGACUUCAUUUUUACUGUUUUUAUUUUUUUAGCUGUUCUGCUCUUCUGCUAGGUAGUCUUUU